GUGAGGGGCGGGCAGUGCCUGUACGAGGGGAGGGAGCAGCUCGCCUGUUUGGCCGCUGCACCAUGAGCGGCGGAUGCGCCUGGCGGCGGGAUUAGGAUGCCGUUUGUACAGCUGGAAAAUCCCUGGCAGAAAAUGGAAGUGUCAAGUGUGAGUGAGGUAAAUGGCCAUCAGGUGGUGGAUGAACCUAUGGUAGCAGAUGAAACCUAUUCACAAUGUGAUGAAGGAAGAUUCAAGGAGAUUGCAAUCACACACCAUGUGAAGGAAGGGUGUGAGAGGGCUGAUCCCACACAGUUUGAACUGUUGAAGGUCCUUGGUCAGGGAUCUUUUGGAAAGGUCUUUUUGGUUAGAAAAGCGGUUGGCCCUGAUGCUGGACAAUUGUAUGCAAUGAAAGUACUGAAGAAAGCUACUCUGAAAGUUCGAGAUCGUGUCCGCACAAAAAUGGAACGAGAUAUUCUAGUGGAAGUAAAUCAUCCAUUUAUAGUUAAAUUACACUAUGCCUUUCAGACUGAAGGGAAACUUUAUCUAAUCUUAGAUUUCCUCAGAGGAGGGGAUGUAUUUACACGCUUAUCCAAAGAGGUCAUGUUUACUGAGGAAGAUGUCAAGUUCUACCUCGCAGAAUUGGCCCUUGCUUUGGAUCACCUGCACAGCUUGGGAAUAGUGUACAGAGAUCUAAAGCCAGAAAACAUUUUACUUGAUGAAGGAGGACAUAUCAAGUUAACAGAUUUUGGGCUAAGUAAAGAAUCAGUUGACCAAGAAAAGAAGGCAUACUCAUUUUGUGGUACUGUGGAGUACAUGGCACCAGAAGUAGUAAACAGGCGAGGUCACACACAGAGUGCAGAUUGGUGGUCAUUUGGUGUGCUAAUGUUUGAGAUGCUGACUGGUACAUUACCAUUCCAAGGUAAAGAUCGGAAUGAAACAAUGAACAUGAUACUCAAAGCUAAAUUAGGAAUGCCUCAGUUUCUUAGCCCAGAAGCUCAAGGUCUUCUCAGAACAUUAUUCAAGCGAAAUCCUGGGAACCGACUAGGAGCUGGCCCUGAUGGAGUUGAAGAGAUCAAAAGGCAUCCAUUCUUUGCCACCAUUGACUGGAAUAAACUGGUCAGAAAAGAAAUUCAACCUCCAUUUAAACCUGCUUCUGGUAAGCCAGAAGACACUUUCUGCUUUGAUCCAGAAUUUACAGCUAAAACACCAAAAGAUUCACCUGGUAUUCCACCAAGUGCUAAUGCACAUCAGCUGUUCAGAGGGUUUAGUUUUGUGGCAACCAAUUCAGUGGAAGUAGGGCAAAGUGCCCCUCUCACAGUAGUGCAACCUAUAGUACAGCUGCAUGGCAACAGCAUUCAGUUUAAUGAUGGAUACGAGCUAAAAGAAGAUAUUGGGGUUGGCUCUUACUCAAUCUGCAAGCGCUGCAUACAUAGAGUUACCAACAUGGAGUUUGCUGUCAAGAUAAUUGAUAAGAGCAAACGAGAUCCUUCCGAGGAGAUUGAAAUACUAAUGCGCUAUGGACAGCAUCCAAACAUCAUUACUUUGAAAGAUGUAUAUGAUGAUGGCCGAUAUGUUUACCUUGUCACUGAACUAUUGAAAGGAGGUGAGCUACUCGAUAGGCUCCUUCGCCAGAAAUUCUUUUCAGAACGAGAAGCCAGUGCUGUGCUCUUCACAAUAACAAAAACUGUGGACUACCUUCACUGCCAAGGGGUUGUGCAUAGGGAUUUAAAGCCAAGUAACAUUCUGUACAUGGAUGAAUCUGGUGAUCCUGAAUCCAUUCGAAUAUGUGACUUUGGGUUUGCUAAACAACUGCGUGGUGAGAAUGGCUUGCUUAUGACUCCGUGUUACACAGCCAACUUUGUGGCUCCUGAGGUUCUUAUGCGAGGGGGUUAUGAUGCUGCAUGUGAUAUUUGGAGCCUUGGAGUCCUCCUAUACACCAUGCUGGCUGGUUAUACUCCUUUUGCCAAUGGACCAAAUGAUACUGCAGAAGAAAUUUUAUUACGAAUAGGAAGUGGUAAAUUCUCACUGAGUGGAGGCAACUGGGAUACAGUUUCAGAUGCAGCUAAGGAUUUACUGUCCAAUAUGCUUCACGUUGAUCCCCAUCAAAGAUUCACUGCUGAGCAGGUGCUCAAACAUCCUUGGAUUGCUUGCCGGGAUCAACUACCACACUUCCAAUUAAAUCGGCAGGAUGCUCCUCAUCUAGUAAAAGGAGCCAUGGCUGCUACAUAUUCCGCCCUCAAUCAGAAGACCCUUCGUCCAGUGUUGGAACCAGUUGCAGCUUCAAGUUUAGCCCAGCGCAGAGUUAUGAAAAAACUUACCUCAACGGACUUAUGAAUUAUGUAGGAACCAAUAUAGUAUGGCUUUUUCAAUUGACUUGAAUGGCAGCAAGCUCCUGGAGGAUGCACAAACCUAGAGUUUUUGCUUUUCCUUUUGUUUUUACAUUGAGGAUUGGGAGAUUGGAUACCAAAUCAGGACAUGAAAGAUUGGGUUGACCAGAAGAUGCAAUGAUAGGAUUACAUCAAUUACAAAAGAGUUAUGGAGUAUAAUUCAUCACACUCAUAUCAGACGGGUUUGCAUCAUGAAAGUUGAAUCUUAACAUUGCAGUUUUGAAAAGGGCAUAAAAAGUUUAAUCAGGAUAGCAACGAGAUCAGCAGAGUAAGAAAGUGGGUCGCUGGUGGCCUAUAUUCAGAGCUAUUUUGCUUUUGUGAUCUUGUUCUAAGAUAUUGUUUAAUUAAACUUUCUAUUUUAUUUAUUUACUUUCAUUUUCAAGAAAUACAGUGUUUUCAGAUAAAGUUUUAUUUUGAGGUCAAUUUAUAUAUUGUCAUUAAAAUGUCAUAUUGCACAACACUAUUCUGGAUUGCAUUAAGUUGUCCAACGGCCUUAAAAUUAUUCCUUAACAAAUGUUCUUUAUUUAGUUUUCCAUUUUCUCUGAAAUUGUAAAUAUGUAAAGACUUUCCAAGAUGUACACUUGUUAAUAGUUUACCUUUGUUGUUGAAAUAUUAUAAUGAAAUCUUGAAAAUGUUUAGGGAGCACACAUUCAUCGAACCAAGGCAUUAGAUCCUCAAAGUAAUUUCUAAAUGGUCAAAUGGAAACCAGCAUUUUAGUGUCAAUGUACUUUAUCUUCAUAAGCCCCACAAUAAUUUAAUUCUUCUGUUUUGUGUGUUUUAUGAAGUUGAAGGUAAUUGAUAUGGUGAACUGAAGCUGUAAUAUUUCUUCUCCCAGACUUAGCCACAUGCAUAUUUUCAGGAUUAUCUAAAGACGCUCUCUUGUGUAUUUGACUGGAUUUGAAUUUCAGCUCUAGCAAAAUGGGAAACUACAAUAAAGAUGCAACAUUUUAAUUGU